CCAGACCUGCAGCAGUCAAGUCGCGCCCUCCGGCAGACGGACAGCAUCCUCUCUCUCCUCGCUCCCUCCCAAUCCAGUCCCUCGUGUUCUCUCAGGCCCUCUCGCAAUAUAGUUUCCCCUGUCUCCUCGCUCCUGCCUCUCCUGCUCUCCUGCCCCUCUCCUCUCUUCUCCUCUCUGUCUCCAUCGUCGCUGUUCAGCUCUCUCCGUCGCUCGCUCCUUCUCGUAGCCAUAGUUCUGACGUCUCCCUUUCCUUUGCUCGAACAUUCUCACUCUGUUUCGCUUUCUCUUGUGGCGAGGCUGGCCAUUUGAUAGAUAGGCAGCUUGGCGAUUUGACGACUUGGAGUCGAGUGGGUGGGUGGUGGUGAGAGAAUCUGCGAGGGUGGUGGUGGAUCGUCCGAGGAGCAUUGUCAGGGUUUUCUUGGGUUCGCAAAUUAUGGUGGCGUCCGAGGGGUGCGAUGGGUUUGGGUCCAGCAUGAAGCGCGGUAUGACGACUUCUCUUCUUCUGCCGAGCUGCUGCUGCACGGGUGGCUUUCAAUUUGUCGUCAUCCUUGAGGCUCUGUGCUGAAGGAGCUGCGGGCGGAUACGAGCUUCACGCUGGGUGUAUCGUUUUCGGCUUCGGCUGCGGCCGUACUGGGAACUCACUUCAGGCGCAUUGCAUCGGUUGGGUUGUUUCGUGAAUGAAUGUGUGCGGUCUUUUCCGAGUGUUUCUUGCGACAUGGUUCUGCACCAGUGGAGUAGCUGUACAUAGGCCUUGAAUUAAAUGGUGUCUUUUUCCGUUUGAAGAGCCCCGGUUGGUGGUGGUGCGGAGGAUACUCAGGGUUGGGACACACAUGUCGUGAUGGAACCCCGGGCUUUUAUCAAGGUUUCGGUCUUAGGUUUAGGCCUUAGAAUCCCGGUUGCCUCGAAAGCCUCCAGGACAGGAGUACACGCAGCUUCUUCGCCCUGCUUCUGCGAAAUAAGCCUUCCAAACUCUCCUGUACAGACGGUGCCCGUGACUCUUCUCUCCCCGACGACUGUGGAUGCCGACACUCAUACGCUGGCGGCCAGUUUCUACCUGGACGAGCCUGCUCUCCAGAAGCUUUUGACGACGUCUUGCUGUAAUGCCUCGCCUUCGUUUUUAAAAGUAGUAGUAUUCUCUGGACGGCAGGGAUCUUGUUGCAGAGUCCGAACAGGGAAGAAACUUGGUACUUUCAAACUGCCCGUAGGAAUUGAAUGGACGGAGCGGAAAUCGGUUCAACUUCAUAAUGGCUGGACUAGCAUCGGGAGAAGCAAGGGCGAGGGAAGGAGACCGGGAGCCGAAUUACACGUUAUUGUCAAGGUUGAACCUGAUCCUAGAUAUGUUUUCCAGUUUGAUGGCGAGCCCGCGUUGAGCCCACAGAUUGUACAAGUGCAAGGCAACAUGCGGCAACCCAUUUUCAGUUGCAAGUUCAGUCGAGACAGAAGUUCACGCUCUCGGUUGGGUCCAGUCGAUGUCUCAGCCGGGAAUGGAUGGUCGGGGUCCGGCACUGGAGACAGCAGCAAGGAGAGAAAGGAGCGCAAGGGAUGGCUCGUGAUGAUCCACGACUUGUCAGGUUCUCCUGUGGCUGCAGCUUCUAUGGUUACGCCAUUUGUGCCAUCUGCCGGGUCCGAUCUUGUAAGCCGGUCCAACCCAGGAGCAUGGUUGAUACUGAGACCGGAACCAUCGGGAGUUGAUAGCUGGAGACCCUGGGGCAGGCUUGAGGCAUGGAGAGAGCGUGGGCGAGGUGUUGUAGGUUGUAAAUUUACUCUGAACCAGGAAGGUGGUGGAGUGGCGGGUGUGAGCUCGGGAGUUUUGAUCGCGGAGGCUGUACUCAAUGCCCAAAAAGGUGGAGAGUUUUUGAUCGACACAGGCAGGCUGAGGCCAGAGGGAUCAUCGACGAAUUCUCCAAUCCAGAGCCCUAAGAGUAGCGGGGAAUUCUCGUUCACUCACGUUCUUCCCUCCGUAGGGGGUUUCGUCAUGAAAUGCAACGUCAAAGGAGAGAAAAGCAGUAUCAAGCCGGUCAUCCAACUGGCCAUGCGUCAUGUAACUUGCGUUGAGGACGCAGCCGUGUUUAUGGCGCUGGCUGCUGCGGUAGAUCUCAGCGUGGACGCCUGCCAGCCUUUCUCGAGGAAACUCAGAACCGAGCUUUCUCACCCUUCGGUACCCUCGUAGGCAAUACCCUCUUAGAUAUGGUCAUAGCCUGUCAGAGUGGUCCUGUCCUCCUUCUGAGACCCACAUAACGGAAGUACGAACGCCCUCGGUCAAUCGAAACGAGGCAAUCUAAAGAACGGGAGCGGGUGUCUCAUUCAAAUAGAGUUUGAAAUGUGUUGUAGAGAGACAUGGUGGCCAAGCACCUCGGCUCGUUCUCUUCGAUCCUUCCUGAGGACGUCGCUUGUCUCGGGCGAGCUGGAUUUCGCCCCGCAAGCUGCUGGCUGGGCCGAUGGACGACGCAUUAUUAUGGAUAGCGCAGCUUUUUUUAAAAUCAGUUACUGUAUUCUAUCAUCAUCAUCACCUGUAUUGUAGGAGGGUGCAUUGAAACACCCUGCGCACUGUACCAUAUAACUAGAGAAGAACGUCGUUGAGUGAAUAGAAGUAGCUUCAGAUCUUCCGUUCCCAUACUUUUGGUAUGUUACUCGACUGUACUCAUCCUGUGCAGCAUUUCUGCCUACCGACAUCAACUAUUUUCCUGUAGUUUUCGUGACCAACGCAAGAACGGGUUUUGUAUUUUUCUGAGUCGCUUGCUCGCUCGCACCCACCGAGUUUGCCCGGCCUCAUGGGAUUCGGAUGUCGUUACUGUGAUGCAAUUUGCGGAUCGAAUGUCUCGGAUCUUUCCAUCCACAUGUCUCUGCCAAAGUAACAUUCUCCUCCCCUCGGCCUCGCGACACAUGGAUUUCUGCGGGGACAUUGCAUGUCCAAACAUUUCAUCCGCCAUCCCUCCGAUCUCGGCCCGUCCAAGAAUGACGGGCAGCGGCGGAGGCAGUGGCAUUCGUAAUUCCUUGUAACGAGGGCGCCAUCGCAAGGCUGUGUAUUUUUGGCACAUUCGUUCGAGGCCAUGGGCUGGCGGUGAAUCGACGCCUCGACACGGCAGUUGCCCCGGAGCCAUUCUACCGGCUGCAAAGCAUCGCGCGGAUCAUUGCGCGACGUGAGGAAUCUGCCCAGCGAAUCCGCCUCAAUCGGCCAGCCUGGCGCCUCGGUGGAGCCCCACUGGCCAGCGGAGCGGAGAGCUCAGAGCGGCAGGGUUUGUUCUGUACCGCCGGAUAUAGCUCACGGCGCUGUCCGGGCGAGGCGACGAGGGCAUCUUGAGUGAUUCCGAGACGAGAGGGCUCGUCCGGUCGCACGAGUAAAAAAAGGAAACGAAACCAUGGCGAGCUGGGCACGGGCACGGGCACGAGCACGGCGCAGGUUGGAAUCGGCAGCGGAGCUGGCCACAACUCAGCAAAAUUCGAAUCGUACUUGUGAGCCUGGAGAUGAGUGUGCGGUCGAUUGCAGUGUCCGCGUCCUGGUGCUCCUGCUGUAAAGGCGUGAACCCUAAUGCUGCAGUGCAGGGGCAGAGCUGCUGAGGCGAGCAAAGGGAGUGGAAAGCGUGAAGUGACGAUCGCACCAACUUCUCCUCAGAGCCAGGCCUCGGCACUGUGAGGACGACAUGCACCUCGGGCCAUUAGAAAAGUCUCUGUUGGCCUGUCAAGGGCCCGAGCCUGCCCCGCCUGCCUGCUGGCGCCAGCCAGCUCCCAUGUGCUGUACUCGUCUUUCGCCUUGUACCUCCCCUGGCUCUCUUCUCGUGAACAUUCCUUCUCCCUCUCCUUGCCCCUCGCCCCUCGCCAUCGCCCCUCUGGAUGUCAACUCGCAGGGCUUUGUCUCGCACCUUUUGCCGGUUCGGUGGACGGAUAGGUUCGACAAAAGCGCACAGUAUCUGCCUUCGCCAAGGGCCGGAACUGCCAGUCAAUGCGGAUUCAUUUUCCAUGAGGUGGACCGAGCCACUUUGGCCACAGGUCGCCCUCCUUGUGACCUAAGAUGGUCGCUCGCUUUUGCCUCGCUGGAGCCCUCUGCCCUCAGCUCCAAGCACUGGCCGCUGCGGAUGCGUCUUCUUCGCUUUUCCAAUGCUUGGACCACGACAAACGAUGGAUUUGACAAAAAGGAAAAUAAUAGCGAUGUGCAACGACACCCGGGAAACUACGAGGAGUAAUAACUGGUUGUUAUCAGUUUCUAUCAAGACAGCCGCCAUGGCCCUUGUUCGAAGCAGCCUGGAGCUGACAGGCAAGUAACAAAGCACGAUGCACAUGUUAGGACAGUCAUUGCGUUGUCGUAUGCAUCGAACUGUAUCCCAUGAGGUGCCGUGACGCCAACACUUGUCGACAAACCAGAUGACGAGGACGAGGCUCGUUUCGUGAUUCAUAUAUCUUCCCAAGAUAGAGACGAGAUGGGCUUCUUUGGGCUCGAGAAUUUCGCCCACAAGGAGGAGGUAAGACCCAACGAAGCAGAAUUCCACAUUGUAGAGUUCGUGGCCAGCCCCAGAACAUCCCAAUGGUGAACAUGUUUACCAUUUACCAUUUACCACUAUCCCCAUUAUAUCUCGAAUGUACUUAUGCAACACACCUUUUUGGGAUGUUGCAUAUAUAUAGUUGCGUUACUACGUAUGAAAGGGAUAUUAUUUGUACCAUAAUAUAUAUUCAAUCCUUGAAAGGAAGAA